CGUAUCACUAGGAUAUCCUGGGCUUGGAAUGAUCGGAACAAUCCGACCAGCACCAGAACCGAAAGAGGUGGCGGAGUGGCGACCGUCCCUAGGAGAAAUGGAGUCGGGAGGACCCACCUUCGUCACAGGGGAGAUCGAUGUAAGAGCCUUCUUGGGACUAGCGUCGUACUACCGGCGCUUCAUCAAGGGCUUUGCCGCGAUUGCACGACCACUAACGAAUCUGCUACGGAAGGACCAGCCUCUCAGCUGGGACGCGGAGUGCCAGCAGGCCUUUGCAACCCUCAAGGAUGCUCUGGCAACUGCCCCUAUUUUGAUUCGACCGGACCCCUCGAAGCAGUUCAUUCUCAUCACGGACUGGCAACCAGAAGCUAUUCCCGCUAUUCUAGCACAGAAGGGGAACGAUGGUCGCGAACUCGUCAUGGAGUACACGUCACGAACCGUGUCGGACGAACGAAGAAACGACUCCGCACCUCAGGGUGAGUGUUACGCGGUAGUUUGGGGAAUCCAACACUUCCAUCCGUAUCUCUACGGACAGAAGUUUCGCCUCGUAACGGAUCACGAGCCUCUGCUGGCGCUGAAGAAACUCACCAACUACACGGGCAUGAUUGGCCGUUGGGCGGUGCGACUACAAGAAUACGACUUUGAUAUCGUCCAUCGAAAGACGGAGCGACACGGCAAUGCGGACGGGCUGACACGUCUGCAUCGACCUGCCAAGGUACUAAAGGGCGAGGAAAUUACACCGUGGAAAGAGCCGGACCUGACUAACGAGCCGAAGUACGGACAAGUGGCAAUUCUCCCACGUGGCAAGAAGCAAAACGAAUUCGUCGAGCUCUCGUUUUGCCUGCUACGAGUGGAUCUGAACUGCAUGUGGGAAGGCAAUCAGAGGCCCGCGUCGGAGAUUGUGGAGUUGCUCGUCAUUCAGGCGUGGAGAACCAACAUGGCGGGAGAUCUUCUGGGAUUCGUCUUUGGAGCAGUGGAUCGGGAAAACCGAUCACAGACCGUGCGCGAACUCAGGAUCGUGAUCGCGCGAUUGGCCGACGAACUCCCCCUCGACAUCGUCUCUCAGAGCGACGAAGAACCCGUGCCACAUACCCUCUCAAGGACUCUCGCCCCGAGCCUCCAGUGGUCGGCUUGUAUCGAGGAGCGCUGGGCGGACGACCGUUUUCCCUCCCGUAGCGAGUACCUGGAUGUCCACAGCCUGACUAAUCCUCGCUUCUUUCGGCAACCAACGACGUUCGAGUGGGCGGCGCUGAGAGCAGAAGAGGAGGCCGAAGAGGAAUCGGAAGGAGAAUUGAGGAGAGAGGCCGGGGAAGCAGCGGCCCGAUUGGCCGAGGACGAGGAAGAAGAGCGCGAAGCAGAAGAAGAGUCGGCGGAAGCUGAAGAAGAAGAAGAAGAAGAAGCAGCAGAAGAAGAAGAAGAAGAAGAGUCGGCGGAAGCUGAAGAAGAAGAAGAAGAAGAAGCAGAGGAGGAGACUUCGGAGGAAGAGGAAGAGGCCUAUAGUGAGUACAGUGAGGGCGAGCAAAGUGAGGAGGAGGACGAAGACGAUGAAGAAGUGGAAAGCGGGGACGACCCGGAGCCAACGCACGACGAGCUCGAGUGGGUGCCAGGACCGGAUCGACGAUUGGAAAACCCUGCGGCUGCUGCGCAGCGCAAGAAAGAGAUCGUGGAAGGAAAGCGGUUGGCAAUCAAUCCCGCACCGAACGAUCCUUUCAAGGAUUCCGAGCCGCCCAAGCCGGAGUAUGGAGACCUUGCUGCCACGACCUCAAGAGCCGCGAUGACAAGGCGCCGACCCCGAUCCCGAUCCACGUCCCCCUCCGCCUCCACCCGUCCCCCAAUUCGUCAACGUGUCAAUGAGGGGCUUAGCCCUUCGUCCCCGAUCCAUAUACCACCAUCCCCUUAGCUAUCUCUCUUUCAAUCAGUAUUUCCAUCG